UAUUUUUCCAGGCGUGAUUUAGUUUUAGCCGUUGCGCGACGCGUUUUAGCUGCUGAAACUGAUAUGUCUCGAGAGGGUGUGUGAACUAUUUUAAAAAGAGGGGAGUGCGAAGUGAACACUUGGUAAAAGUGAGGCAGUACCUCGCACAUGGCAGCCUAUUUACGGCACAUGACGAUGGCGCACAUGAGCGGAGAUGGCCCAAAUCAUCAUUCACCGCCGCGACUGCACGAUGGACGCGGAAUCCGAGACUCGCCCACGUCUCCCCUCAAAAUCUUUGUACAGGCCAAACGAUCGGCCAACGAGAUUUUUGAGCAGAUGGAUGUUUACGUCGUCGAGUGUUUGGAUUUUAUUAAAGGAGGGAUGAGUGUGGGAUCGAUCAUAACAAACGAGAUUCGGGAUGGAGUGGAAUCCUACAGAGCAAAAGUUGCUGGGAUUCGAGAAGUUCUUAAGAGAGAUCACAUGAAAGUGGCAUUCUUUGGACGAACGAGUAACGGGAAAAGUACCGUUAUUAAUGCUAUGUUGAGGGACAAAGUGUUGCCAUCCGGUAUUGGACAUACCACGAAUUGUUUCCUGCAAGUGUGUGCGUCGGAGACAGAUGAUGCAUAUUUGACACUGGAAGGGAUGAAUGAGCGCCGUAAUGUUGCGUCGGUAGCCCAACUAGGACACGCAUUAUGUGAAGAGAAGCUAAACGAGAGUGCAAUGGCGUAUGUGCACUGGCCGGUGGACCGAUGUCCGUUGUUACGUGACGACGUUGUGUUCGUCGAUAGCCCUGGGGUUGAUGUUUCUCCUAAUCUUGACGACUGGAUAGAUCAACAUUGCGUGGACGCCGAUGUGUUUGUUUUGGUAGCUAAUGCGGAGUCAACACUCAUGCGAACGGAAAAAAAUUUCUUCCACAAAGUUUCAUCAAAAUUGUCGAAGCCAAACAUUUUCGUGCUGAAUAAUCGAUGGGAUGCAUCAGCUGCUGAGCCGGAUUUUCUUGAGCAGGUAUUGACGAACCUCUCCGUUCGGGCACAACAUAUGGAAAGAACUAUGGAUUUCCUUGUGAAUGAAUUACAAGUUUGCACUAAGGCCAUGGCGGAAGAACGAGUGUUCUUUGUGUCGGCCCGAGAGACGUUGAAUGCCCGUCUGCUAGAAAAGGAAGGUCGAUCGCCAAACGCUGCUGCCCUUGGAGAAGGCUUUUCCGUACGCUAUUUUGAGUUUCAGAAUUUCGAAAGAAAAUUCCAAGAGUGUAUCUCGAAAUCGGCUGUUAAAACCAAGUUCGAGCUGCACGUUCAGCGAGGAAAGAAUAUAACGGCGGAUAUGAUUGGUUGUAUGGAGUCCGUUCAAGAGCGAGCUGAGAAAUGCCGAAUCACGCAAAUCGCUGAGCGGCGUAAACUCGUCGACAGGAAAGAAACGAAUCUUCGGAAAGUACAAGAGCUCACUCACAAAAUGAAGGACAAAAUAGUUCACAUGGUCAACGAUGUUGAGAGAAAGGUUGCAGCUGCGUUAAAUGACGAGAUCAGAUUGCUGUCGGGUUUGGUUGACGAUUUCAACUAUCCGUUCAACGAUGAACUGGUCGCCCUAAACGGAUACAAGCGAGAGAUUCAUGCGCAUGUGGAAAGCGGUCUCGGCAACAAUCUCAAGACGAGGCUAUCGUACGCAUUAGCAUUAAAUGUGGAAAGUGCUCGACGGGAAAUGACAGAUCGUCUGUCGGAAUUACUGCCGCAAGAAAAGCGUCAUGUGGCGAAUCAGUUGAUCGGUGCAAGGAGAGAACCGUUCGAGAUGUUGUACAGAUUAAAUUGUGAUAAUCUCUGCGGGGAUUUCAGAGAGGAUAUCCGAUUCAAGUUCUCACUGAGCCCGAAAUCCUUGUAUGAGCGCUUCUUUGGGAACGCGGAUACGAGUCGGAUUUCAAUGAGGAGUGAUCGGGAACCUGUUCCUCGGCCAAUGGUGAUGAGGUCGAGUGAUAUGCACGGGUCGUCUCAUGAAACCCACUCGUCGCCUAGCUCGAUCUUGUCCUUUCUACCCCCUGAUCAGAUGACCUUUCUUGCGAGAUUCGGCAUGGCGUCACUUACUACUCAAUGGGCCACGGGUGGCAUGGUUGGGUCAAUCUGCCUGUUGAGAGCUGUUGGUUGGCGGGCGUUGCUAAUAACGGGUGGAAUCUACGCGGGAUUGUACGUUUACGAAAGAAUGACGUGGACAAGGAAAGCGAAAGAACAGGCGUUCAAGCAGCAGUAUGUUCAACAUGCGUCGCGAAAGUUGCGUCUCAUUGUUGACCUUAUUUCCACCAACUGUAGUCAUCAAGUUCAACAGGAGUUAUCAGGUUGCUUUGCCCGGUUGUGUCAACUUGUCGACACGUCGACGGAUGAAAUGGCACAGCAAAUCAAACACCUGGAAGCUGAAAUCACUUGCCUGGAACAAAUGUGCAAUUCGGCGAAAAUUCUUCGGAAUAAGGCGAACUUUUUGAACGUUGAACUGAAUACGUUUUACAAGAAAUUCUUAGAAGACGACGAAGAGUGAUCUACGCCGAACGAAGCGGGUGUCGGUCGAGUUUUAGUCGCAGUGGGUCUGACUCAUGUCUAGCUUGUUCAUUGGCUACCGGUUUUGGAAUAUUGUCGACUCGGAGAGUGUUCGAUUCCUGAAGGGCAAAGUGCGCAGUUCGAUCGUGAGAAAACAUGAGUGAUAGAAGUUGCGGGGUUGCAUUUUAAGGUCAUCCUGCUCGCGCAACAGGCAUAUCUGUCGUCAGCUGGCCGACUUGCGGUUCUAUCGUGUUGCAAUUCUUCCCGGGGUUCACUUUUUUCGUGCGUUUCCGGAUGAAGUUUUGUUCGGGUUCAGCAGGUUGUGCUGUGCAGCUCGAACAUCUCUGCUAAACUUGACCCACAAGCUGCGACGGAAAAAUGUAUGCGUGCGCGCUUCUGUGUGUCAUGCGUCUUUUCAUAUUUUGGAUCGUG